GUAAUAGUCACGGUUUCUCAUAUGUCUGAAUCAUUAUAAAUGACCGAUUGUAAACGAAUAGCAUCAGAUAUGCCGCGUAGUUUUUGUUCCGUAUGCAUCGUUUUGUGUGGACCUUCCGGCUCUGGAAAGACCACUAUUGGGAAGAAGCUUGCGGAAAUACUCUGUAUAGCUUACGAGGAAGGUGACGAGUACCACAGUGAUGCCAAUAUCUGUAAAAUGAGUCAGGGAAUCCCGUUGAGCGACGCGGAUCGCAUCCCAUGGCUCACACGACUACGAGAAGAAGUAAUAUUAGCAUAUAAAAAUAAAGGGCGCAACGUCGUCCUUGCAUGCUCGGCAUUGAAGAAAAUCUACCGUGAUAUAUUAUGUGGUAGCAAUCAACGGUUCAAGGCUGGGGGUGGCAAUGUUCAACGCGGCCACACUGUUGUUUCUUCAUUUUCAUCAAAGUUUAAUAACGUUUUUUUUGUCAUGCUCACCGGAAGUAUCGACCUAAUUGCUCGUGCUCUCGUCAUGAGAAAGAAUCACUUUAUGCCUCCUUCACUAUUACGCUCGCAAUUUUCAAUAUUGGAGCCUCUACAGCUACCGAAUGACGGUGAAUCAUAUGAAGCUACAGAAGUAGGCAUGAACAUCGAUUUGGAUAGGUUAUCGGAUACAAAUGCAGUGGUGGAUGUUAUCAAAAAAAGAAUAUUGAAGGACUACCGCAGUUCAUUUUUUAGUUUUGAUUCUGCGGCAGCGAAGGGGAAUCUAUAGAGUUUUCAUUACUAAAAUAUGGACAAACGAUGUGAAAUCACACAAACCGAAAGGUAGCAAAAGUUUAGAAAUUAAAGAUGAAAUAAGCAUCUAUAAUUGAUGGGCUUCUAAAAAGUUGCGUCAUCUCAUUUUUUUUCUUUAACAGUUUAAAGUCUUGAAAAGAACAGAAAGAUACACUGGCCUACAGCAUACAAUUUACGUUAUACUA